UGUCUCUCCCGCUCUCGCUGGUAGAGGCUGAUCCGCUAACUCCCCGCCCCUAUGAGUGACGUCACACUCUGAGUCUUCGGUGAAGCAGCAGCACGAUGUCGGUGACAGAUAUGUUCGUCCGGUUACAGAGCGGCCUGAGCGCCGACCAGGAGACCCGGGAGGAUAUCCGGAAGGUGGUGCAGACUUUGGAGCAGUCGGCUCGGGAGAUCCUUAUCCUUCUUCAGGGAGUCCACCAGAAGGAGGGAUUCAAAACCAGUGAGUACGCCGCGCUGUCUGACUCCGCCCCUCCCCUUCCUGCCAUGAGCUUGAAAGUGCGAGAACAUUUUGGCACCGUCCAGACGCAGCUCAAAGAACUGGCGACUAAGUUCUCCUGUGAACAGUAUUACCGGUUUCAUGAUCAGUGGCGGUUUGUCCUGCAGCGUCUCGUGUUCCAGGCGGCGUUCCUGGUCUACCUGGAGAGCGAGCAGCUGGUGACCCGGGAGGCCGUGUGUACGAUACUGGGAAUUGAGUCUGGGCGGGAGAAAGGUUUCCACCUGGAUAUUGAAGAUUACCUGUCUGGUGUACUGAACCUGGCCAGUGAGCUGUCCAGGUUGGCAGUGAACAGCGUCACAGCCGGCGACUACGCCAGACCGAUCCGCAUCGCCACCUUCAUCAACGAGCUGGACUUUGGCUUCCGGCUGCUGAACCUGAAAAACGACUCGCUGAGGAAGCGCUACGACGGCCUGAAAUACGACGUGAAGAAGAUCGAGGAGGUGGUGUACGAUUUGUCUAUCAGGGGACUCGACAAAACGCUUAAAAUCUCAGAGAAACCCUAGACAACCACAUUGUCUGGUGAACUCUGACUGCUGUGCGCACUCUGGGGCCUGGCUGCUUUCUGCCCAGCCUAGAGCCAUAACGUCACUCGUUCCCGUUCUGGGGAUUGAGUCCCGUUUUCUGUUGGUUACGGUUUUUGUUUUUCUAUUUUCUCAUGAAGAAUCAGUUCGAAGCUUCUUGUGUUUCUGCCAGGUGUCUGGCGGAUGCAUUUCUCAUUGAGUCAUCAUUGUUCUAAUUUGUGAUCUGCCUCCGUUUUGGCUUGAUGAGCCUUUAAGGAGGUAGACGAUUUAUGGGGGGGAGGGGGGGGCCAUGAUAACUAAACUGUUGUUAAAGAGGACCUUCCAAUAUUCAUAGUACGGGGGGGCUGUGCUGACCUCACCCUCCUUCUGAGGAGCCCAAAUCUUGCAAGAAUACACUUCAGCAGGGUGCAGGAUCAUAUUCAGGCUGGUUGGCAUUCCCUGAGAGCUUGUUUGGAGGAGGUUGACGACUCACCUGUGCACCGCGGGGAAAAAAAAUUGCGUAUAUUAUCUAUUCCCCCCCCCCCCCCCCCCCGGGUAUAGGCACUUGUAUAAGUGGGCUUCGCCGCUGAGGUGAGUAGGUCACUUUUAAACAUUCCCUAUAAAAAAUAAAAUUGUAUCCCCUGUGGGUGUGCGUUUGCCUGGUGGCAUUUUAUGUUUAAUGUUAAUAAAGGUCAUUAUUGGGUUUGCAA